AUGAAGUUGCCAGCCUGCAUCAGCCUCUGGCUGCUCACUCUUCUUCAACUGGCCGUGGCUGCCGAGGUUGUCCCCAGGUCUACCUUUACUGAGGUGACUAACUAUGGCGACAACCCCACGGGCACUCGAAUGUGGCUAUAUGUUCCAAAGACUCUAGCCUCGAAGCCUGCAAUAGUAGUCGGCAUCCAUUGGUGCACCGGUAGCGCCCAAGCAUACUACCAGGGCACUCAAUGGGCUCGCUACGCCGAGACAUAUGGCUACAUUGUUAUCUAUCCUCAGACACCAUACACCCAGGAUAAUUGCUGGGACGUGGCAUCAAAGAUGACCUUGACUCACGAUGGCGGCGGUGCCAGCACCUCCAUAGCCAAUAUGGUCAGAUUUGUGACGAAAGAAUAUAACACAGAUAAGAGCCAAACCUUUGUUACGGGUACUUCCUCGGGAGCUAUGAUGACGAAUGUCAUGGCCGCAACUUACCCUGAUCUUUUUGCUGCAGGGAUUGCAUAUGCAGGUGUCCCAGCCGGGUGCUUCAAGAGCGCAGAUAACAUCCCCGAUUUCUGGAACUCAACAUGUGCCAAUGGCCAGUCCAUCUAUACCCAAACUCAAUGGGCCAAUGUUGUUAAGGAUAUGUAUCCCGGAUAUGAUGGACCACGACCGAAAAUGCAAAUCUAUCACGGGUCAGUGGAUCAGGUGUUGAAUGUGCAGAACUACUACGAGACCAUCAAACAAUGGACUGGCGUGUUUGGUUAUUCAACUAACCCGCAAUCUACCACGCCUAACUUUCCACGGAGCCCUUAUACCAAAUACACGUUUGGCGAUAAGCUACAGACAUUCUUGGGCCAGGGCGUUACUCAUUCGAUUGACGUGUUUCCAGAGGAAGACUUAAAGUGGUUUGGUUUUGCUGAUCCAGUAAAGCCAUCAUCCACUACGACCGCCACAAAACCUACAGAUACUGGGAGCUCUGGAGUUUCUCCCCAGUGGGGUCAAUGUGGCGGCCUAGGGUGGACAGGACCUAUGCAAUGUGCAAGUUCAUUCAAAUGCGUCAAGAUUAACGAUUGGUAUUCUCAGUGUCAAUAG